AGCCACUCUCUCUUACCUCUGCGCUACCCUCUACUAUGUCCUCGGUUGUACCUAUAUCAGAAUUCAUACACUUCGAGCGGACGAUUACCAGUGACAGACUGUCCGUCAUUGUGUACUUCUCUGAAACAUGCUACCCCUGCCAUAUGUUCCGCCCCGUGUUUGAGCAAAUUGCGGAAAGCACGGGAGUCAUUGAAGACGUAGAUUUUUACAGCGUUAAUUGCACCGAUGCGCCUCGUGAAAUGUAUCCUGCGAUCGAGGCCAUCAAAAGCCAAGGAGUGCCAGCUGUUGGAGUGUUCUCUCGCGGUGAUCUCUUUGCUGAGGUAUCCGGCUUCAUACCGCUAGGCGAGUUCAGAAGAUGGCUUUCGGAAUGCAUGACGCUACGUGGCCAGCAAUAUUCCGAUGAACAAACUGUACGUGCGCAGCAGGUCAUGAAAACCGUGCAAUCAAUGCAGGUCGGAGGAGAGCCAGUCAUCAUUCCAGUCAAGGACGGCAAUCGUUUCAAAUCUCUUGUGCGUAUUAUAUCACAAUGAGAUCGACGAGAAUAAUGCCCUUGUUUUGGGAUACUACAAAUCUAGUGCCCCAGUAGCCUCUGAGAAAAUCUGGUCCACGAUAGUAACUCUAAUCUCUCAGCCAACUUACGGCCAUGUCCGAUAUGCGUUUUUAGAUUGCGAAGGACUCGAGCGAACUACCAACGCAUACCUGCUGGACCAUCAAUCGCAAUGCUAUUAUUCGCACGCCCGCAGGAUCAUCUCUAUGUGGAAAAGCUCUAGAAAUGCUGACUUCGCAGCUUGGCUUGAAGACUGUGUACGAGCGGGCGCGCUUGUGGACUCAAUUAUUCGUAGACGACCUGCAGACAAUGACGUGUCUGCUGAAAUGACUGCAGAGGGAGAUUGUAUUGACGAUGACGCCCUCGACAACGACAACAUCG